AUGUUUGGUGCCCCUGCUGGUGCAUUUGGGACUGCCACCAGCACGGCGACUGGCGGUUUUGGGACUGCCGCCAGCACGGCGACUGGCGGUUUUGGGACUGCCGCCAACACGGCGACUGGCGGUUUUGGGACUGCCGCCAACACGGCGACUGGCGGUUUUGGGACUGCCGCCAACACGGCGACUGGCGGUUUUGGGACUGCCGCCAGCACGGCGACUGGCGGUUUUGGGGUGGCGGGUGCUGGUGGAUUUGGGGUGGCGGCAGAUGCAAAUAAUAAUGAUCCGAUGAGAGCGGCACAGAACCUUCAGGAAUUUGGGGGACAGAGCACCUUGGGGCGUUACCUGCUGGAGCUGGACAACGCAUACAACGCCCUGCACCCCAACUGCCGCUUUCGUGCCUUUCUCUACAACAUGUGUACCCCCGGGCAAUCGACCAUGGCGGUGGAGCGGGAGCGAUUUAUCACUGCUCAGGCAGGCGGCGGUUGCAGGGAGGAGGAACUGCUGCGGGCGCAGGAACGCAACCCGGAUCCGCUUCGCAUGUACCCGACGCCCGUGCACUUCAUGCUGGAGCUGAAGGCGCGGGUGGAGAAGCAGCAGGAGGCCAUUGCAGCCAUGCGGAAGCACGUGGAGGCGCUGAUCUCAAAAGCAGAGCACUUUAGACAGUUGGACGAGGCAAAUGUCGCUCAGUGCCGGGAGCUGAUGCUGGAGCAGGUCAUGCUGCAGCGUCGAUGGUACUCACUUGUGAAGAAAGUGGAGACGCUUCGACGCCUCGGGUUGCCGCUUGGCGAGGAGGGACGCAUCGCAAGCAUUGUCAAGACCCUCAAGCUGCAGCUUGCGGCGCCAGGUGUGUACAAGGCGGCACUAUCAGAGCUGCAACCUUUCCUGGACGCCGAGUCCGCAGCUGUCGCAUCGCUUCUUCGAAGCUGCCCGGGUGAGGAGGAGGCGCGUGAGCCCGCCAUUCCGAAAGAGGGUGGUAUGCUGCAGCGACGCACAGACCCACAGCUUCUAAAGAACUGGACACGUUUUGCGGAGCACAUUCAGGAGGGGGUAGAAGCCCUAGUAGAGCUACUGGAGAAGGACACGGCAGACAUGCGUGCGAUUCGGCACCGGGUGGGCUCAGUAUGA